AUGUUAGCUUGGGAAACUGUACCAUAUGAACGACAUACUUUUGGUGAAGUUAUGGAUGUACUAACAGGAUUAUGGAAAAAACAUGGAAGUUGCAAUUAUCUGGCUAAAUUUCUUCCAAAAAAUGAAAUUUCAGAUGAUAAACUUCAUAGUCAUAGUAUUGAGAAGCCAACAGAUUUUGAGAAGAAUAUAAAUUUGGCUAGGCAAUAUCUUCAAUCCGCUGCUUUACAGGGUCAUAAUGAAGAAAUUAAAAGAAGAGCCAUAGAGUUAAUAAAUAGUAUAGAAAAAUCAAUAGAAAAUCUGUAG